UCGGUCAAUCUAAACAUUGAAAGCUUCAAACUUCUUCUCUGGACAAGAAGCUUCGCGAUGCAUUUUCACUGUUUGUCCUCUAAUGAAAAAUUGUCUAGGACAUGUGCUGAGCUAUAUGAUGAGAGUUUUAAGCAAAAUCAAAUUACAAAGCUCACUCUCUUCGGGCAGCAGGUAUAGAUUCCAACUAUAUUUCGUCUUUGUGUGUUUAUAAACUCAUAAAUCUUAUAAUUUUCUUGAAAUAUCGAAAAAGUUGCACUAUUCCAAGUUUAUUCCGCAAAAGGCUCUCAAGAAACCAUAGAUUUGAGGUUUCCCUCAAAGAUCGAAGCAUCCGACACAAAUUGGUUUGGCAAGAAAAGUGAGAAAGUGAUUAUCGUCUCAGGUGGAUCAGGUUUGCUGGAUCUUAAUCAACCACCGGUUAAUGAGCCAGUUUCCAAUCAUCAUCAAUGCAGCUACCAAGAUUUGAAGUUUCCAUACAUCCAGAGUAGCGAGAAGAGCGGUUUAGAUGGUUUUACACCAAUUUGUUUAGAAGAUGUCCAUGGAAAAGACAAAACCGAAUCUCCGGUUUCAUGCUGCACCACUGAAAAGAACUCGAGGAUUGAACAAGAAGAUUCGUCUGAAGUAGUUCAAAUGGCAGCUGAAUGUUUACUCCACAUCUCAGCGGUUUCAUUCAAUGACUCACUAAGAUCAAGGCCUAAACGCUCAUCUCAAGAUCAAGCAUUUUCAGAUAAACCCGAGAUGGGUCUUGAAGAACCGGGUUGUUCUUGCGAUUCAUAUGAGCUUCACACUUUAAGAAUCAUCGAAACCAGCCCUGAAGAUGUCUCUUGUGUGUCAUCAAAAGGCAAAGAUGAAUGCAAUAGCAAGAAAGAGGUAGGAUUCGUGAGAAGAGGUAGGAGAAUGAAGAAUUUUCAAAAGGAGAUACUCCCGGGACUUUUAUCACUUUCUAGAUACGAGAUCCGUGAAGAUAUAAACAUCUUGGAAACGGUUUUGAGAUCGAAAGAUUACAAGAAGAUGCAGGGGAAGACUAGUGACGGAAAAUGCAGAUCAAAUCCUAGAAACAACAAAGGUUCGUAUGUAGGUAGAAGAAGGAGAUAA